AUGAUCGGAGGAAGAGGAGGACAAGGAGGACGAGGAGGGGGAGGAGGACAAGGAGGAAGAGGAGGACGAGGAGGUGGAGGUGGAAACAGGAAAGCUGCUAGUGGAUGUUGGGAUGAUGGGGAUGAUUUCAGCCUAGAUUUGGGUCGCAGUCGGUCAUUCAAGCCUCCCUCAUCUAGAGGUUCAAGAGGUGUCCGUGGGGCUCGUGGAGGAACCGGCAGAGGAAGAUCUCAGGCACUGGCCAGAAAACACGACGAGGAGGAGAUGAGAUCCAGAUUUAGACCUGAGCAAGUGCAGCUGCCCCUGCAGAAGAUACACAUGACUUCAGAGAACAAACUGCAGGUCAAAGAACUGCUGCGGGAACUUCAGAGCCACGAGUAUCACACACCAAAUAGCGGCUCUGGCUAUGAAGGUGGUGAGGAUGAGGAGGAUGAGGAAGAGGAGUAUGAUGAGCUGGACCGUCGUGAGGAAGGUCAGUUCUGGCAAACCCAUGAUGAUGGAGUAGAAUGUGCCGAGAGUGAUGACUGGAUGGAGGACUCGGUCGAGGAGAAGCACACAAAGCCAGAGCUGGUGAUCUCUCUGUUUGCUCUGGGCGCUCUUUGCAGGUAUGGCUUUGACCGUGAACGCUGUCGACAAGCUUUGGAGGCUGGAGAAGAAAGUGGACGUGGUGAGGUUGGAGCGACAUUAGAGCUCCUCCUAUCCCAGAUGUUCACAGAACGUUUCGGCUCCAGCGCCCUCAGCCCCCAAACAUCGGACCUCCCUUCUCAGGAGGAAUGUGUAGCUCCACGACAGGAAGAGGCCCUGGCUUUGACGGCAAUCUACGGGGAUCGCUACUGUGAGCGUAUCAGUAAUCGUGUUUGGACAAUCCAGCUUGAUUUGCUGUGCCUGGAUGAAAGGCGGAACAAAAUUUCAGAUGCUGCAAAUUGUAAAAAGCAGUCAGGAUCCAAUCAGAUUUGCAAGUUUUACCUGAAGGGGGCAGGUUGUAGGUAUGGAAACCGCUGCAGGUUCAAGCACCAAACUCCUGAAUCGAGCUCUUCCAGAGAAUUUUGUAAGGCAAGUCAGCCAGGGUUUAGCAGCACAGAAGUUCCCGUUUAUCAGCUGGAGAUUCGCUUCCAACCAGGUAGUUUAUAUCCUUUUCAAGCUCCGCUCGUGGCCUUCAGUAGCACUGAUGAAUCGCUCUCAGGCGCGGGAUGCCUCAGUGUCACAGAGUACCUGUUCGGUCAGGCACUCAGUGGUGCGCAGGAAGGAGAGCCGGUGGUCUACACCCUCAUUUCCUGUCUGGAGGAGGAUGGACCUGCUAGAGAGCUGCUGUCAGCUGCCCAUCACAAAUACAGUGCUCCGCCCACCGUCACUCCGGCCAGGAAUCGGAGCAGUAGGAACACUGUAGAAAACAACAUUAUGACCAAUACAGCAACUAGAGAUCAAUUAACCAACACCACCAAGAGCACAAACCACAGAGUGAGACAGAAGGAAGAUGCUUCAUACCUAAGAGAGGAUAUUGUUGAUGAACAAGAAGAUGGUGAUGAAGAUGAAGAACAAUGUAUCCCAGUGGAAAAUGAGAGCUAUGUUAACUUGAGGAAGAGGAUGGUGAAGAUUGAGAUCAAAACUGAGCAAAUACUGCAAGAGAACAAGAAGCUCUGCAGAGAGUUCAAGAGGAAACGGUCGUCGAGGCGCUAUACAUCGAUGCAGGAGCAGAGGCAGAAGCUGCCUGCAUGGCAGAAGAGAGAGGCCAUAUUGGACUGUUUGGAUAAGAACCAGGUUCUCGUCAUCAGCGGGAUGACUGGGUGCGGGAAAACCACUCAGAUUCCUCAGUUUAUCCUGGAUCAUUUCCUCCAGACUGGACGGCCGGAUAGAGUGGCCAACGUUAUUUGCACUCAGCCACGGCGCAUCUCUGCCAUCGCUGUGGCGACCCGAGUGGCCCAGGAACGAGCAGAGGCCUUGGGUCUCUCCACAGGCUAUCAGAUCCGUCUGGAGACCGUCAGGUCCUCCAGCACCAGGCUGAUGUUCUGCACCACCGGCGUCCUUUUGCGGAGGCUAGAGGGCGACUCUGAGCUCAGUGGCAUCACACAUGUGAUUGUGGAUGAGGUCCAUGAACGGACAGAAGAGAGUGACUUCCUGUUGCUGGUUCUGAAGGAUCUGAUUGUAAAAAGGAUGGAUUUGAAAAUAAUUAUGAUGAGUGCAACCCUGAAUGCCGAGCUCUUCUCACAGUACUUCAGCAACUGCCCCAGCAUCCAUAUACCAGGACGUACAUUCCCAGUGGAGCAGUUCUUCCUUGAAGACGCCAUCGCUAAGACCAAGUAUGUAAUUGAAGAUGGAAGUCCAUAUCGGUGCUCCACAAAGCAAAAUCGUCCCUCUGCUCAGGGUGGCACGGCUGGGAAGGGACGGGCUCCUGUUGAGGAUUUUGAUGAUGAUGGUAGCUGGUCAUUUACGUCCUUAAUGAAAAAGGAUUCGGUCAAAGACUCCAUCCCUGAUCAGCAGCUCAGUCAAGAGGAACUUACCGUCCGAUAUUCCAAUUACUCAAAGUCUGUAGUGAAAACAUUGGCUGCUAUGGAUCUUGAUAAAAUCAACAUGGACCUGGUGGAGAGUCUGUUGGAGUGGAUUGUUGAUGGAGAGCACAGCUACCCACCAGGUGCUGUUUUGGUCUUCCUACCAGGACUUGCUGAAAUAAAGCAAUUAUAUGAGCAGCUCCAGUCUAACAGGAUGUUCAAUAAUAGAAGAACAAACAGGUGUGUAGUGUAUCCUCUACACUCGUCCCUGUCCAAUGAGGAGCAGCAGGCGGUCUUUACCCGCCCACAUGAGGGUGUGACCAAAAUCAUCAUCUCCACCAACAUCGCUGAAACUUCUGUCACCAUUGAUGAUGUGGUGUAUGUCAUAGACUCUGGCCGGAUGAAGGAGAAGAGGUAUGAUGCUAGUCGCAGUAUGGAGAGUCUAGAGGACGUAUGGGUGUCUCGUGCAAAUGCUCUCCAGAGAAAAGGCCGUGCUGGACGUGUGGCAUCAGGCGUAUGCUUCCAUCUGUUUACAAGCCAUCGCUUCACACAUCACCUGAGCCAACAGCAGCUGCCUGAGAUUCAGAGAGUGCCCCUGGAGCAGCUCUGUCUAAGGGUUAAGGUGUUGGAGGUGUUUACGGAGCGUCCUCUGGAGUCAGUUUUCUCUCAGCUUAUUGAGCCGCCCGCAGAGGGCAGUCUGGAGGCCGCUAAACAGCGCCUGUGUGCCCUGGGCGCCCUGACGGACGAGGAGUCUCUGACUCCCCUCGGUUGGCAUUUGGCCUGUCUGCCUGUGGACGUCCGCAUCGGUAAACUCAUGCUGCUGGGAGCCAUCUUCCGCUGCCUGGACCCUGCCCUCACCAUCGCCGCUAGCCUGGCCUUCAAGAGUCCAUUCGUGUCUCCCUGGGAUAAACGAGAGGAAGCUAACGAGAAGAAGUUGGGGUUCUCUCUGGCAAACAGCGACCAUCUGGCCUUGCUGCAGGCGUACAAGGGUUGGUGUAACGCAGCACAGAGCAGCUUUAAGGCUGGUUACCAGUUCUGCAGAGAGAACUUCCUCUCGAUCCGGGGCUUACAGGAGAUAGCAUGUCUUAAAAGGCAGUUUGCAGAGCUUCUGUCUGACAUUGGCUUUGUGAAGGAUGGACUGAAGGCCAGGGUCAUUGAAAAAAUGAGCUCAAAAGGAAGUGAUGGGGUGCUGGAGGCCACAGGCUAUGAGGCCAACCUGAACUCGGAUAACACAAAGCUGAUGUCAGCCAUGUUGUGUGCGGCUCUCUACCCUAAUGUAGUCCAGGUGAGAUCUCCUCAGGGGAAGUAUAAGCUCACUGGUAAAGGAGCUGUUAAGAUGCAGCCUAAAGCAGAGGAGCUGCGCUUCAUGACCAAGAGUGAUGGAGCCGUCCACAUACACCCCUCAUCUUGUGCAGUUGUGUACUGUUGUAAAAGUAAACUUCACAUGCUGGUGUAA